CCCCUCGCGCAUCCUCUCUCGCUCUCUCUCUCCCUCUCGCUCGCUCUCGCUCGCUCUCUCUCUCUCUCUCUCUCUCUCUCUCUCUCGCUCUCUCUCUCUCUCGCGCCCUCUGCUCGUGUUUUUUUCCAGCAGCUGCUGCGGCUUCACCACCAAUCCCUGCAUUUUAAUCGGCUUCGUCAACCUCCAUCUGCUGCUGUCCCGCCGUCGGUGAACCCGCUCGGCUGCGCUGCGGCUCGUCUGCUGUGGAUGUUCGGGCUGCAGGAGCACAAGCCACAGCCUAUCAGAACCCCACAUCCUGCGAAAAUCUGAGGCCACACCCUCACCUGGACUCACUCCUACCAGGGAGCUGGCAGCAGCACGUAAGCUCCGCCCACUCCACCCUCUCAAUGAGGGACAAAGCCACCCAGACCCCCAGGGCCUGGGUAGAUGAGCGGAGGAGAGGCUCCCAUAAGCGCUCAGCUUCCUGUGGAAGCACAGACCAGCUGAAGGAGAUUGCGAAACUGCGGCAGCAGCUCCAGCGCAGCAAACGCAGCAGUCGCCACCGGCGGGACAAAGAGCGCAAAUCGCCUUUCAAUGGCAACCAUGCUAUUAUCCAAUCACAGUCUCAGAUGCCUAAAACCAUCCUGAUCCCCAUCCCCAUCUCCAAGUCCACGCCCCCUCGCUUCCGCAACAGCAUUGAGGGUCUCAACCAGGAGAUUGAGCGCAUCAUCAUACGAGACACCACAGAGCGAGAUGAAGUCAUCAUUCCACAGGACGUUCCUGAUGGGCACCGUGCCCCCCCGCCCAUCCCCCAGCGCAGCAGCAGCACCCGCAGUAUCGACACCCAGACACCCUCAGGCGGGGGCCUGGGCGGUAACCGUAGCAACAGCAGCAGCCGGGCGGAUUCGGUGUCACCCUCGUACCUCAGCAUCCUGAAUGACACGGUGGGGAACAGCCCACUACCCAACGAUGACACACUCAGCGAGAGCAGAGAGAGAGACCUUGGGCCCUACUCCCCCCUGCCUAAAUACGCCUCCUCCCCCAAACCCAACAACAGCUACAUGUUCAAGCGAGAACCUCCAGAGGGCUGUGAGAGAGUCAAAGUCUUCGAGGAGAAUCAGCCAAGGCCCCUGCAGGAGAUCCCUCCAUAUCUGUGUCCCGACAGGAACAAGGUGAACUUCAUCCCCAAGAGCGGCUCCGCCUUCUGCCUGGUGAGUAUCCUGAAGCCCCUGCUACCCACCCAGGAGCUGAGCUUCCGCGGGCCGGUGGGCUACCGCAGCCUCUCGCCCUCCCUGGUCCCCAUGGGCGGGGUCAGCGUGCGCAGCCUGUCACCCUCUCUUGGACCCGUCCUGUCCCGCGGCCGCCAGUCGCCUUGCCUCCCGCGACACCUGGAGGAGCCAGAGGGUUAGACUCCCCCUGGAGGCCAAACGCAAGAACUGCUUCUACAUCUCAACCAAUCAAAAAACCUCAUUAUCUCAAGGUGGACAUACAGUGACUGCAUCAUCCUGAAAACAGGCUCUUUCCUCAUUUUAAUCGAACAUCUCGAAGCUGUGAUUGCAGUCAGGACUCGAUUUAUUCAUCCAGAUGAUCCAAAUCGUUUACCUGAAACUUGAAUGUGAGAAGAAGAGAUGUACUGAUGCUUAUGGGAUUAAAGGAGUGCUACAGCAGAAUCUUUAGCGUGACAUCUGUCUGCCACAUCUGUAGCGUGUGACUGAUCUGGAUAGUUAUUUUCUCGUUGAGAAGAACUUAAAACACAGCUAUAAUACAAACCAGUGGGAAGGUGUUUUAUCACCUGCUUGCUGGCUUCAAUUAGAAGCGUGUUUUGAGACAACCAAGCACAGAGAAUGAGCCAUAUGCUACAGAUGCAGCACAGCAUAGGAAUGAAGCUGGAAAAUUUGUGUGUAUUCUUAAAAAACGGGAUCUUGAUCGAGAUGUGUAUGUAUAUAAGUAGAGAGCGUUUGGCAUUGCACUGCUUUUGACAUUCACAAUGUUUUAUCGCAUUGUACCAUCGAAGCCUUUCGAGAGCCACGUUUCUUUAUGUAAAUAUGCCUCCUUUAACGUGAGUGUAAGUGACUUUUUAGACUGUCGGCAUGGAGAUCAUGGGACAUGGCUGUGCCUACUCUUAGCUGAGCUGGUGUGUGCAUUGUGUAUAGUAACAAAGAACAAUGAACAAUGUAGCUAAUGAAUGGGACGGACUAACAAAACGUGCCUGACGCCCAUAAACCGUCUGUAGCAAAACCGACCCUCUUCCAUCCUGACUUUACCUGUCCCUGUCCCUGUUUUACCCCCCCGAGUGUAUAGAACCCGAUCCCUUUCCCCUAAUCCACGUGCGCUUCAUGUAAACCGCUGGUCAGACAGGGGAUUUGGUGCUAUGUUAUUUAUACUGUUGUUGCUGUGGGUUGGAACAGAGAACGAGAGUCUGUUGUGAUAUGAAGGUGCUAUGUUCAAACGCUAGAGGUCAGAACAACCUGGGAGAUUCCCGGUGUUGACCCAAGUAAUCCAUUACAAAAGUUACUAUACCUUGUCUCAAAACGCACUACUUUACUUCCACAUUACGCUUUAAAACAAAAAAAGACAUGGCAGCAUCCCUGUAGUUCAUACUUUUGACCACCAGGUGUCAAGCAUGUUAGUAUCAAAAUGAAAAUUUCAAUUUGCCAAUUAAAGUGAACUUUCAUUUACACGUAGAUCGAUAGGCGCUUUGUGAGUAGCUUUAUUUCAAUUAAAAUCUAUUUUACUGCUGUCAGAAACGUCAUAUCUUAAUUUUUGUCGUUUUUUUAGUUUUUGACAUCAUUUGACAAGGCCAGUUGCCCUUUACAUUGUGUGUAAAUUUCAUGAAGAACUGACCGAAAGAAACAGCCCAAAAUGACUUGACCAGAAAAAAUUCUGGUUCCAUUGACUUACAUUAAAAGUAAAGUAGGUUUUUCCUUCUCCUGUAAAGUUCCCAUUUUGAAGAUACGAGGUUUUCUUCCGACAAGAGUGAUUUACAGAACUGCAUAUUUAUGCUUAAAGCGAUUAUGCAAAAAAAAAAAAAAGCAUGCUCUUAGCCCCGCCCUGACGGGAUGAUUGACAGGUUGGGAAGACCAUGAAAAUGCAAUCGUGUCCCAUCGCAAUCGCAUUUUGACAGUCUGAGAGCAGUAGAUGAAAAUGUGUAAUUGCAACCAGGAGAGGCGCUUUUUCCAUAUUUCCAUAUGAAUUUUUACCCUCUUUCUAGCUUGAUGUUCUCUUUGAUAAUGCAAAUGCAUUGUUAUAGACUGAAAAUGCAUUUCAAAUCAGUCUGAAUCAUAUUGACAGCAUUGCAUAGUUACAUUAAGCAUGAAAUGCCGUUCUGGAAAUACAUGUUAAUUGAAAUAAAGCUACUCAUGCAAAUGAAAUGAAUUCAAAUUGCAGGAUUACAUUUUCCAUUUUGAGCUCAAUAUUGGGUAUAUGAGAGGGAAAUUUAAAUGGAAACGUACAAAUAUCACAUUUCCAUUUUUAACUGAUAGGCCUCCAUAUUUUAAAAGCUUUGAGUAGUGAAUCAUUUUCCAAUACAGUUUAAAGAAAAGCUUUGCUGCUUCAGAAAGCUUCGUUUCUGCCAUCGCUAGAUGAACGUCUAAUGCCAUUUGAGAAACUGGCCAGUAGAAACUCACAGCUCGCAUCUUUCGCCUCUCUUACUCUGCUCAGGAAGGAGGAAUUAGUCCUGCCCUCCAUAAUAAGUCCUUAUAUAUAAGGAAUAUAAGAAUAACCCCGCACAUAAAUGUUAAACAACAAAUGAUCUAAGGUCAUCCUACAGCGAAUAAGAUGUGAAGUGUGCAGAGCUGUUUCUGAUUGAAAAUACAGUCAGAUCUGUUGAGGUGAAGUUCUCUUUUCUGCAGCGUGGAGAUCUUUAUCCACCAGUUUCACGUUAUCAUUAGCUGCUACAACAGAUUCCUGGCUAUAUUUACAGCACUGCUGUAGUCACACAGGCGAACUAUAGACCAUGCAUCGCAUGUAAUUUGUUCUCAUAACAACGUAUGAGUAAAGCGAGACGUUCCUAUUAAGUCAGUACCUGUAAUGUGACUACAAGAAUUUGAACUGAAACGUGUUACACCAUUUUAAAACAGGAAAAUGUAAACACAUUACCAUAUCAUGAUGCCCCCCCCCCCCAAACACUGAAGAUUACACAUACACACUACAGGCUAAAGUAUGGAAGCAAGCAGUGAUUUUAAUUUUCAAAAAUUUUUUACAAUUUACCAGCAUCAAUAACAACACAGUAAGAUGAUUCAGAUUCAUUAGGAAAUGAUUCAGUGUGUCAUGAAAGCUCAAAUUCUGUCAUGAUUCGAUAGGACUCUUUUGGUAUUGAUUUAAAAUGAACUUUAAAAAACACUUAAUUUGUCCUAUUGCGAGUUCAAUUCCAGGCGAUGCCACAGCCAUCCGUAAGCGGGGGUCCGAGAAUAUUACGGGCUAGCCUUCACUCUCCCGGCUUGGUAGAGUCAUGCGAUAAGGGGAGACCGAGUAAGUGGGUGGAAAGCAUCUACGAGUUAAUAGGGGAGAAAAUUAAGGUUAAAAAAUAAUUUUAAAAUGCAUUAAAAAUCCUCAAAUGUGACUAAACUAUUAACUAUUAAUAGAGUAGUGGCAUAUAGUCAAUAAAGAUCCUACACUUGUACAUUUUUUUUACUUUUAUUUUUGUUAAAAUAAUAUUUUAUUUUAUAACCAAUUCUAUCAGUCGUUAAUGCAGUUGAGUCUGCAUCUCAGAUGCAUCGUGAAACACCAAACUCAGCUGCAGUUCUUUACCAUGACCAGUGUUUAUCCACAAACUCCUAGUGUAACACCUGAUUCAGCUGAAGCCUACAGAAGCAUCUGAAUGUGAGAAUCGAUUUGACGGUGGAUUCGAUUACAAAGAUGCUGCUGCUUUCAAACGUUGGCCUGUAGGGUGUGAAGGUAGGAUAGACAGGUUUUGUAGAAGGAAAAGAAAGCGAAGAGGGAUCCUAAGCAUGGAGUGCUGGUUCCCAGGACAUGGAUUAAGCCAAGAUCCAGACUGAAAAGGAGUUCUAGUGGGAAAAAUCAUAAUGAAAUUGCACUUCAGUCCACGUCUCUGCCUAAUCUGUGUCCGUCAAACUGUGUACUGAUAGGACCUGUAGCAUCUUUAUACUGUAAAUUACUCCAUGAAACCAUACUGUGAAGCUUACAUUACUUCCUUUAAAAAGCGACGGGGUGGAGAGAAAGAAGCGCGGAGGAGUGCGAGGACACGUGCGCAUUGCCUUAAAACCUUUAAAAUGAGAAACGUCCAAAUUAGACGAGUGGCUGUUAUUACACACAGAGGAGCCAAAUCAUUUCACUAGCGCUUAGUGUAUAAUAGUUGCUGUGUUUGAACUGUCCUGUUUUAAUUGACUGUAAAUUCAAGGGUUUUUUUGUUGUUUUUUUAUGUACUAAAGCCUUCCAACACAUGGGGAUUUGUCUGGUGGAAAACACGUUCCAAAAAAGAUGUGUAAAUAAACCCAAGCACACAGAUCUGGUGAAAUAAAAGGAGUUUUAUUUACUGCCUGGUCAGUCAUCACAUCGGCAUGGUCACUGUAAAGAUCUCAUGAGUCCAGUUAUCCGCCCGUGAACUGAUAAAUCGCAUUGUUAACUGAAAGAAAGGCCUAGUUGCAUAAAAUAAAUGGGUUGAAAGCA